AUGCUAAUACUUGACAAGAAAAGCAUGUAUUGUCUUCAUUAUCAAGGGCUAUAUCUCGGUUAUUUCAUACUAGAAGCCAAUGUGGCACUCAAGCAGCAAUUUUUAAUUUUUCAUUCACAAUACAUAAUAUGCUCAAAUAUAAAUAAUCCACGUUUGUUUAUACCCAUGCCAGCUAUCAUAAUUUGCAUAACCAUUUUCAUUGCUCUUCUCACAUUCUACCUUCUUAUAAGCCUGCGAUCUAAGCAAAAGAAUUUAAAAAAGCCUUUAAAAAUUGAAUUGCCCGCUUCACUUUCCCAUUUGCAGGAUACCUCACUUUCCACAACGCCAUUUCUUAUUUUUAACUCGAUUAAAAUAGACCGAACAUUCACAAUUCAAAAGGGAACAACUAUUAACAAAAAUUUUUACAUCGCAGAAGGACAAGCUGAGGUUCUCCACAACACUACAAGAAUCGGAAUAAUAAAAGAGGGCCAGAUCACACACAAUGGAUUUGAUUUUCUCGGCAUCGACUACCACAUUACAAAGAGAGCAAUUACGGACCUACGAGUAGCAGAAGUUCCAGAAACCUGUGAUAGAUACUUGGCUUUGAAAAUACUUGAAAAGACAUGCUUCGAACCGUCCCUGAGACUUUGCAGGAUUCAUACACAAGUAGCAAGAUUGGAGACCAUCAAAACGUCAAAUUUUGAAGAGUUCAUAUUUCGGAAUUUUAAAAUCAGCAACCACAAAUUUGAUACAAUCACGGUUGAAAAUGAGGUGAUCCUUGAGGACUGUGUUUACUAUGUGGUUUCGGGCUCUUUGAUAAUUAAUGGAGUAGCCUUUGAAAAGAACUCGCUGUUUGGAUACUUUGGAGUGUUCUUUAACUACUACAAGGGCUUCAAAUGCACAUCUACUGAAUCCACUAUCCUAAAAUACGUGCCCUACAGCAAAUUGAGAAACAAGGCGGAAAUGGAUGACAAGCUGUUGAGAAACUUACCGCUGCCAAUGGUUUACCUGGGCGCUACUGCAGAUUGGCGAAGGGUGCACUACGGCGAGCACAUUGUUCAGAAAAACACGAGAUGCGAGUAUAUUUGCCUUGUGGAUGGUGUCGAGUAUGGAUGCAAGGAAUGCAUCCUUGGUAAUAAGUUUGAGGAUGACCUGGUUGCAGAGAAAAUAGUAGAUGUCAUAAGAAUAUCAAAGCUGACAGUAGACUCCCUGAUGAGGAGUAUUCCUCAUUUCUAUGAAGAAUUAACUAGAAAAAUGUUUGAGAAAACACGUAUAGAAUCAAAAAUCGUUUUAAUUACGCCUACUGCCCAAAAAUGUGGCAUCUUCAUUCAGAGAUUGAGGAAAACGCUGGGCACAGAUGCUAUAUUCUUGAAAAACACACACAUUUCAGAAAUUUUAGGCAAAAACGCAUUUGAUAAGAUAGGCGAGUUGGUUGUUUCAGAAUAUCUAAAUAGCCUCAAAGAAAGAUACAAAGUUGUGGUGGUCUAUCUUGAAAACGAGUAUUCAAGAAUGCUGAAGAUCAUCCAUCCAUACUGUGACAUCAUUUUCUUAGUUGGAAAUGAGGUUGCACAUAAUAGUCUUGGGAGGAAGAAUGUUGAGUUUGUGAAGCUGUAUGAGAGAAGGACUGUGUUUAAGAAAAAAUCCUCGAAGAUUAGGACAGCUCUGUUUUACAGUGUAUUCUGCGAUGAAGAAUCGGAUGAGUCGGAGUCCGAUACCGAAAUGCUUGAAGCAAGGGAUGUGCAUAUUAAUCCCUUGGAGACAUGCCAGCACACGGAUAUUGGGGACUGCAUGAAGUACAAAAGAGUGCACCACAUUCUAAGUCCUAAAGAACUGAAUUUCUGUAACAAGGAUUAUGAAAGAUUUGCUCGCUAUCUGACAGGAGAAAGAUUUGGACUAGUUCUGGGUGGAGGCGGGGCAAGAGGAUAUGCUCAUAUUGGCGUUAUCCAGGCACUGGAAGAGGAGAAUAUUCCUAUUGAUGUUGUCGGAGGAACAAGUAUGGGUGCAUUCGUGGGCGCACUCUAUGCAAGAGAAUUGGAUUAUGUUGAGGUGUAUACACAAUCAAAAAAAAUGUCGAAAAGAGGUGCUUCUCUUUUCUAUCUUCUUAUGGAUGUUACCCUUCCGUUUAUCAGCCUGUUUUCAGGUCGAUCACUUGAUCGAGGUCUCAAGUCCAUCUUUAAAGAUCAGCAAAUCCAAAACUUUUGGCUAGAGUACUACUGCGUAACUACGAACCUGAAAAGCUUGAAUCAAUCUGUGCACUUUAACGGCUCUGCUUUUAAAUAUAUUCGCUCAUCUAUGGCUGUCGCUGGGCUUGUUCCACCUGUGUUUUACAAAGGAGAGAUUCUAUGUGAUGGCGCAUAUGUGAAUAAUGUGCCAACUGACGUCAUGACAUCGCUGAAUGUGAAAAAUGUCAUAACAGUGAAGGUGUGCCGCGAGUUCGAUAAUAAGCUGUGCAGAUACGACAGUCUUAGUGGAUUUAUUCUGUUUUUUAAGAAUGUGUUUCUCUCCAAAAGCUACCUUACCCUUGUAGAUACUCAGUACAGAUUGUCGUUUCUUAAAACCGAAAAGAGAAGUGAAGUGUCUUCCACACAGAAUCUGCUAAUAACUCCCGAUCUUGGAGCAUACAAAGCCUCUGAUUUCCACAAGUUCGAUGAGAUUGUUGCAUGCGGAUAUGAAGCUGCAAAGGCGAAAAUUAAGGAGUGGAAGGCAUCGGGUAGAAUUAAAGAAUUUAAGAAGCAGGUGCGUAGAUUCUCCAUUUAG